GUGAGAGUGCCACUUAGGGCGCGGCACUUAGUCAUUUCAAUAAUUGUUUAUGUUAUUGUAGAGCGGCAUCGCCAGCUCUGGAUGUGGAUUGUUUACAUUAAAUAUUCUUAUUUCUAUGAAUAUGUGAAUAAGUCACUAUAUAUAUAUAUGCUUAUCGCUUUUCUGAGCAAUGUGUUUUUUUUUGAGUUCACACUCUUCCACCCAAAUUUCGCGCCACGAUAUUGCACCAAGUUAAGUUGAUGCCGAACGGUUGACAAAGGAGGUCGAAGUAUCCAUAGUGCGGAAGUCGUGAAAACCAAAUAUUUCUCUUUUGGAACCUUGUGAAAUAACCGAAAAAAAAAUAUUUAUAGUUCCAGUGUCCUGAUGUCAGCCGAUACCACGGGCAGCGGCAACGCGGGCAAUCCCAAUCAGAACGCGGGAGCCGGAGCUGGAGGCGCCGGCGGCAAUGGCAAUGGCAAUGGCCGGAACUCUGGAGCUCCCGGCAACAACGAGAAGGACUGGCGGGAAUUGGUUACCGGUGUUCUGCGCAACCAUCUUGUACACAGACUGGUGCAUUCCAUCUUCCCCACCUCAGAUCCCACCACUAUGGAGGACAAACGACUCCACAAUCUCGUCUCGUACGCGGAGAAGGUCGAGAAGGACGUAUACGAGAUGGCCAAGUCUAGAUCUGACUACUAUCAUUUGCUGGCGGAGAAGAUCUACACGAUACAGAAGGAACUGGAGGAGAAGAAGCUGAAGCGCGAGGAGCAGCAGCCGCAGGUGAUGCAGCAACAGCAGAUGCAGCACAUGAUGAACCAGCAGCAGCAGCGGGGCGGCGGUGGGCCGCAGCAGAUGAAUCCGAACCAGCAGCAGCAGCAAGUAAAUCUGAUGCAGCAGCAGCAGCAGCAGGGCGGACCUGGAGGACCAGGCACUGGACCCCAUCAGCGUAUGCCCAACAGCGGCAACGCGGGCAAUACCAAUCAGAACGCAGGAGCGGGAGCUGGAGGCGCCAGCGGCAAUGGCGGAAACCCUGGAGCUUGCGGCGACAACGAGAAGGACUGGCGGGAGUUGGUUUCCAUUGAUCUGCGCAACCAUCGUGUCCACGCACUGGUGCAGGGCGUCUUCCCCACCUCGAAUCCCACCAGCAUGCAGGACAAGCGAUUUCACAAUCUCGUCUCGUACGCAAAGAAAGUCGAGAAUGACAUGUACGAGAUGGCCAAGUCUAGAUCUGAGUACUAUCACCUGCUGGCAGAGAAGCUCUACAAGAUCCAGAAGGAGCUUGAGGAGAAGAGGCUGAAGCGCAAGGAGCAAGGAGCAAUCCAAUGUGAGAGAGUUUCAUCGGGAACAGUUAGCAUGGAGACGGCAGACUUAAACCAACAAGAAAACAACUCUAUAAAUUUAAAGGUAAUAAUUGGUCGCUAAAGCCAGAAACCAUAU